UAACGCAACAUAUGUCUUUAUCUCUUAUUCUAAACUCUGAAAAAACCUGAAGUAUACUACUAGGGAAGCAUCAGAUUUUCAUGCUCCUCCUUUCAUUAAAUUAAAGGUAGAGAUUCCAUAAACAAGUCAAUUUUUUUGGAGCAGGAAGAGAUUUUUUUUUCUUUUCAAUUUGAAUUAUUUAUUAUCUAUGAAAAGCCCUUGACUGAUGCGUCCCAAAUCCAAAAUUGCUAUAUUUUCUGUUCAGUUCUGGCUAGUGGCUACAAAAUCUUUGUACAAAUUUCUGAACAGUUUCUAGGUAUGGAAACUCUUUCAUAUGGGUCAGCACCAUGCUGCCAAGUUGUGAACUCAAAGUGGAAAUUAGUUGAAAAGAGUUUGAGUUCACGUCAAUCAAGAGUUUCCUCUAUAGGAAAACUUGGAGUUUAUUACACAGGUACUAUUUCUGCAUGUGCGCCUGUGAGAUUUUAUGAGAUGGGUACUAGGGUGCAGCUAAGAAGCUCAAAAAGAUUCAAUUUCAAGGUUUGUAGUGGAAGUUAUGAUGAUGGUUAUGUGAUUGGUGAAGAGGAAGCAAGGGAUAUUUCAGGGUUAGAGGAGCCUGUAACAACCAAGGUUCUGAUUCCAGGUCUGCCUGAUGAUUCAAAAGGUGAAUCUGGUGCUCCAAUAAGUAGUUGUUUUUGGGGAUGGAAACCUAAACUCAAUGUGCACUAUGAGAAGGCCGGGUGCGAAAACGUCAAUGAUUUGCCUCGUGUUCUCUUUUUACCAGGUUUUGGUGUUGGCUCUUUCCAUUAUGAGAAGCAACUUAAGGAUUUGGGGCGUGACUACAGAGUGUGGGCUCUGGAUUUUCUAGGCCAAGGGAUGUCUUUGCCUUUUGAAGAUCCUGCCCCUUUGUCUAAUGAAGAGGCUGCAUCAAAUGGAAGUGUUUCUUCAUGGGGUUUUGGAGAUGAAACUAAACCGUGGGCGACUAAGCUUGUUUACUCGGUUGAUUUAUGGCAAGAUCAAGUUCGUUGCUUCAUAGAAGAGGUCAUUGGUGAACCAGUCUAUCUUGUGGGCAACUCACUAGGAGGAUUGGUUGCAUUGUAUUUUGCGGCAAACAACCCUCAUUUAGUGAAAGGUGUCGCAUUGCUUAAUGCAACACCUUUUUGGGGGUUUCUGCCAAAUCCCAUAAAAAGUCCAAGACUAGCGAAAAUAUUUCCAUGGGCCGGAACAUUCCCCCUACCUUCAAGUAUAAAGAGACUUACAGAGUUAUUGUGGGAGAAAAUUAGUGAUCCUAAAAGUAUUGCUGAGGUACUUAGUCAGGUUUAUGCAGAUCAUUCAACAAACGUAGAUAACGUUUUUUCACGCAUAGUUGAAACCACAAGGCAUCCAGCUGCUGCAGCGUCAUUUGCUUCAAUCAUGUUUGCUCCUCAAGGAGAACUAUCCUUUAAUGAAACAUUAUCCAGAUGUCGAGCAAACAAUGUGCCAAUCUGCCUCAUGUAUGGAAAAGAAGAUCCCUGGGUGGGGCCAAUUUGGGGUCUCCAGGUUAAAAGGCAGGUGCCUGAAGCUCCAUAUUAUCAAAUCAGCCCUGCUGGUCACUGCCCUCAUGAUGAAGUUCCUGAGAUCAUAAAUUUCUUACUUCGCGGGUGGAUCAGAAACCUAGAGUCUCAGGGUUCUGUGUCAUUACCAUUGCUUGAAGAUCUAGACAGUAUGAAGCACUCUAUUAUUGACAGGGAAUUAGAAUUUCCCAGAGAAGGUUCAAAAAAGUCAGUGAUGGUCAGAUAUUUCGCUUCCAAUUUCUCACUUUGGGACAGGAUAAGAUCUUUCAUCAGAUCUCAAUCCAAGUUCAGUAAUAUUCUGGCAGCCAAACCUCAAUGACAGGGUGAAUCAUAUGGCAUCUUCAAAUAUAAAUCAACUUUGUAUACUGUCUUCUCUUUCAUAGUUUGUAUAAAGAGAAAACAAACACAAAUGCUUUAGAAUCAUAGGUAAAAUCUUGUAUAUAUAAUAUACCUAUAAUUACUCACCAAGAAAGCAUGCUAGUGAACAACUAUUACUCAGGAGAUGUUUUAUGUUAUACAUACGAGCUUUUUUUUUAAAAAAAA